AUGGAUUUUGAUCAACCCCAGCAAGAGCGACCUGAGACUUGUUUCUUCCCUGAAAGCCCCAGUUGGGCAACCAUAGCAGAGGCUUCGAGGAGCAAAACGUCCAAGAAGCACGCAGAAGACUCUGGACUGACGCCUGCCGUGGUAACAACUUCGAAACGACGACGACCGAAUACAUUACUGCGCCGAGAGGGUGCGAGUACUGGAAUUCAACUGCAGGACAGUGAUCCCUGGGAUGAUUUCGAAAAAGGCAUUGAGAUCUUUCCUGCACGACACGUAUAUCUCGCUCGAGACCAUGGAAACAAAGCACGGCUCGUUCACAUUCAGCACCUAGCCGCAGGAGUCGCGGGAUCUUUGCUGGGAAACAUUAAUCGCCAUUCGCACCGAAGCUUUCUGCGUCUUCUCCAGUGUUACCAGUAUGGGAGCUCGUCUUUCUUGGUAUGGGAACCGGUCGAGCUGUCUCUAUCGCAGGUCCUUGGCUCUAAGUACUCCAUCCGUGAGGCUGAAAUGGUCUCCAUCAUCUGGCCGAUCCUCACUGGCAUACGCUACUUACGUGACGGCCAAUACGCACUUGCCUCACUGGCCAGCGAUACAAUUUUCCUCACGGAGAGCGGCGACGUGAGAGUUGCGGGAGUGGAACACAGCUGUGAAAUCUGCGCAGCAGAUAUGAACAAGGUUACCAUGAAACUGCUUGCCCUAUCGGAUAUUGUCAAAGAACUCCGGAAGAAGAUGAAUCCUCUGCACCCGUGGAGGACACAGGCUCAGGGAUUGCCUGAAAAAUUAAUGGAUGUGUCCUUGGAUGACCUGUUGCGAGACGAUAUAUUUAGGCAGAUGAAAGGCGGAGAUUUGAAGAUGCUGGUUAAUAUUGCAAGUAAAACCGGCCAUUAUAAUAUCCGGUUUCCUCAAUCAUGA